AUGAGCGCCGCUGGACCUUCUCCGGGGAAGGCAUUCUCCUGCAUUCGGUGCUUUGAGCGCAAGGUCAAAUGCGACAAGCAGAACCCCUGCUCGAAUUGCGCCAAGUCCAAUGUCGAAUGUACCUUCCGUAUUCCGCCUGCCCCUCGCCGCAGGAAGAAACGUACACAUGAGGAGCUGCUACUUGCCCGACUCAAGAAGUGCGAAGAACUCCUCAAGAGCAAAGGCGUUGAUAUCGACAAUGAACUCACUCCCACUGUGCCUUUGGCGUUGACAACAGUUGAGAGUCCUUUGACCUCGCAGCCUCUAGGCUCUCCACAGCAGCUGAGCCCUGCCGCAGAAACUGUCAUCAGAAAGCAGCGCGAAAUCUUCGCUGCGUACCCGCCCGAGCUCAAGAAAUCCGGCCAGUUGAUUGUGGACCAAGGGAAAUCCCGCUUCAUUGAAAACCCUCUUUGGGCAAGUGUAUCUGACGAGUUCCGACAACCCAAUGAAGCUAUCGCCGAGUAUUCCGAGGACGAGGAUGAAAUCGGCUCUCCCAUUGAAGAGAGCGCCGACUUCAUUCUCGGCUAUACCCCCUCUAGCAAUCCGGUCCAGCAAUUACACCCUUCGCCAACUAAUAUCCUCGUCCUGUGGCAAAUCUUCCUGGAUAAUAUCAAUCCAAUGUCCAAGCUGAUUCAUCAACCAACUCUCCAUAAGACACUGGUUCAAGCCUCCUCACAUCUCGAUAGCAUACCGCGAGGUUUCGAGGCACUGAUGUUUGCCAUCUACAGCUCAGCCGUCUACUCGAUCGACGAUGACGAGUGUGAAAUGAAGCUUGGUGAGCCUCGAAAGAUUCUGCUCGCAAGAUACCGACACGCGACCCGUAAAGCCCUUGCCAGGGCGAGAUUCAUGGCAACGUCAGAGCUGGUGGUCCUUCAGGCGUUCUUCCUCUACCUUUUGACCAUGCGCGAAGACUACGAUGCCCGAACCACUUGGACUUUGGCCGGGGUGGCGAGUCGCAUCGGGCAGGGCAUGGGACUUCAUCGCGAUGGAACGAGUCUGGGGGUCUCGCCGUUUGAGACGGAAAUGCGUCGACGUCUGUGGUGGCAAAUCACGACCUUGGAUUUCCGGUCAGCAGAGCUCAGUGGCUCUGGUCGAUCCGGUGAUUUCUCCAUGUCUGAUACGCUGAUACCCAGCAAUGUCAACGACGAGGACAUUUACCCGGAUAUGAAGGAGCCGCCAGUCUCUCACACACGACCUACGGAGAUGAUAUCAUGCCUUCUGCGCUGCGAGCUCGGUAACUUUUGGAAGGAGAAGUUCAAACAGAGAUCGACUGUGGCUCUUGAGCACCUGCGCAUUGACUCGCCCUUUAGCAGUUACCUGGAAGAGAGGGAUGCCUUUAUCAACGAGCUGGAACAGCGACUGGAAGAAAAGUUUCUGAGAUACUGCGACCCGUCCAAUCCCAUACAAUUCAUGGCGAUCAUAAUCGGGAGAGGAGCCAUCAACAGCAUGAGGCUCAUGGCCCACCAUCCCCGCAAAUGGGCCAAAGAAAAGGAUGUUCCUCCUUCUGAAAAAGAGUAUCUCUGGAACAUCUCGAUGAAACUUCUCGAAGGCAUCAAUUUGGCCCAUUCGUCCAAGCAGUUGCGGAGGUUUAUGUGGCACACCAGAGUGUUCUUUGCAUGGCAAGCCUUCAUCUACAUUCUCAAUGAACUCAAAGAACGCACACUUGGCGACGAAGUCGACAAGGCAUGGCAAGAGAUCGACGAGAUCUACCGGCAUCAUCCUCAGUUUGUGACUGAUUACAAAAAGCCGCUGCAUGUCGCAGUCGGGAGUCUAUGUCUCAAAGCCUAUAGCGCAAGGGAAGCUGCACUGCGUGAGACUACCCGUGGUGUUUUCCCGAAGGUGACGCCCGAGUAUAUCAGGAUCCUCCGCGAGCAGCGCGAAAAUGGGCCGCUCAUGCGUGCUACGACGGCCGCUACGGGUUCGUCGGUCAAUGCGCCCGAAAAUGUCGAUAACGCGGCCGUCGGUGACAAGAACAGCGAACAAUACUCGACUGGCAUUGGGUGGGACACUGCUCCCUUGUCGGAGCAAUCGACCAGCAACUUCGAUACUUCCCAACUCCCUAUGGGUGGUUUCUCUGGCGGCGCGGGGGCACCGCAUCAGCUACCGCUCCCAGCAUUUCAGCCCAUCCCGACGCCUCUUGCGGGAGACGGCAUUAUGCUGGCGUCGCAGCCGACCUUGGCGCAAGACCUGGAUGUGGGGGAUAUGCCCAUGGACUGGGCACAGUGGGAUAUGAUCAUGCAGGACUUUGAUGGCCAGAUGUCAUAUCGCGGCUGA